CCCGUGUGUGCCUUUUCUAUUGGCCAUAAUUGGCCCAUAUUUCGUUGUACAUACACAAUGACAAAAAGGGCUGUUCUAUUACAUAGGUAAGCGUGUGGACUUUUAUUGUGAAAGCGUGGUUGACCAGGAAGAACUUUACCGGAGCCGUGAAUGUCUCUGCCCUGACUUCACCCUCCAAACUAUGUGGUCUUGUCUAAUCCACAGCGGAGCUCAGACGGUUCUAUGAGUCCCACCAUGAACACAUCCUCAGUGUCUCUGCUCCAGCUCUCCUGGACCGGGUUCAGACUGUAUGCAUCUAAAGGCCAUCGCUCUGGAGCCUUGAGCCUGAUGGCAACAGCUUCCACCCGUCUUCCAUACAUCUCACCUUGUAGACGCUCCUUAUCCAGCAACGUCAAAGUGCGCUCCUACCUGCAGUACGUCAAACGCAAGAUCAUAUCCCCCCCCAGUCCUCCGUACAGCCAUGUGUGUCAGGUAGGGGACCCAGUGCUGCGUUCACAUGCAGCUGCUGUGGACCCUUCAGCUGUAACGGGACCUGAGAUCCAGCGUGUCAUCAAAACUAUGGUGGCAGUAAUGCGGAAGCUUGAGUGCGUGGGACUGAGUGCGCCUCAAAUUGGGGUGCCACUCCGGAUCCUGGCUCUGGAAUAUCCCCAAAAAAUGUUUGAAGAGAGCUCGCCUGCCACGAGGGAGGUCCGCGGUCUCUCCGUCCAGCCCCUAAGGAUCUUUGUGAACCCACAGCUGAGGGUGCUGGAUGGUCGGACGGUGCUGUUUCAGGAGGCCUGUGAGAGCAUCUCGGGCUUCUCUGCCACAGUUCCCCGCUACCUGUCUGUGGAAUUGUCUGGUCUCAAUGAAACUGGCGAAGCUGUAACGUGGCAGGCUAGUGGCUGGUCGGCCCGGAUUGUCCAGCAUGAGAUGGACCACCUGGACGGGGUCCUCUACAUCGACCGCAUGGACACAAAGACCUUCAUUAAUAUCAACUGGCAGGCACACAAUGAAUAGAAAGUGAACACCUGCUCAGGGCGGACUGACUAACUGAGGAUGGCCAGAGUCUUUGCUGCACACCGUCUCUGAUGCCACUCUGUACGUGAACGUGUCUUCUGUGAAACUCUAAAAGAGGCAGUUUCUGUGGACCACAGAUCUGUACUUUGACAAUAAAUGCUGAAAGGAUGCAGAAUGGAUCUUUAAAUGUUGUUACCUUCCAUCAUAGUGAAGAAAAGACAGGAUUGGACAUGACUCAGUUAAAAGGCCCUAACAGCUGGAACACCAAAACACUGAUGUGGGCUAAAAUAUUGCUGCAUUAUAAAGCGUGGAAACUGGUUUUCAACACAUAAGCAAUUAUUUGUGUCAUUAAAAUGUUCAUUAUAGAAGUUAUGAAAGCUGUUUUUUUUUUGUCUAGAGGAUACCUGAGGGGGUGUGGUACGAAGCAAGAUGAAUGACUUAGCCAGCUUUGUCAAGCUUAAAGAGUUUUCUGUGUCACAAAAUUGUCUCGCUUCUGUGCUAAACCACCGUGGUUAUGAUGAACACAUAACCUGAGUUUCAGUUUAAAAUGAACUGAAUUUGAAUUAAAAUGUGCAAAAAUCACCAACUUUC